ACUGGAGAGUGUUGACGAUUUAGAUGCGAUCAUAAAGCAGAUGAUUGCAUUUCUUUUGGAACAAGAUCGAACUUGCGAAUCGUUGGCAUCGUUGAGUGAGGCAUUUCGACGUAAGCAGCAACAACUGAAACUACUUCUUUCAAAAGUGCGAGCGCAUCGUGAACGAGAGCAAACAAUAGCCAAAUUGGAAAGGGCGGUUAAGGCACGUGAUGACGUUAUUGAAAAUAUUCAAAACAAACUGCACAUUGCCGAAACUGCACUCACAGGAGCUAUUUAUCAGGCUGGAAUAAAGAUUAAAGCAGUGCAUCAAGCUGAAGCCAAGAAGGUGAACAGUGAACACGUGAUUCGAUUCGCAAAUCAAAUCAGUAAGUCGUAUUCGGUGGCUGCACCUCUUUUCUGGCGAUUGGGCGAUGCAUCGAGACCGUUUCCAACUGAGGUUGAACUACGUGUUUCCUCAUUGGCCGCACCGCGUGUGAAUGCCCCAACAACAACUACUGCAGCACUGUCAUUGUUGAGACAGCCAUCGGCGAGUACGUCUGGCUUGUUGAGGGGUGCUGUUGGAGGUACGGGUACAGGUCGAGGCACUUCUCCGCUAGCCGCAUCCUUUUCUGCUGCCGCUAUGCAACAACAGCAACGGUUAUCAUUCAUUCGUGUUAUUAUUCAUUUUGCUGUUAUGAUG